AUGUCUACCAGAGGUCGUGCCGGUGCCUCGGGCAACAAGCUCAAGAUGACCCUCGGUCUGCCAACUGGCGCCGUGAUGAACUGCUGUGACAACUCCGGUGCUCGCAACCUGUACAUCAUCGCCGUCGCCGGUACCGGUGCCCGCCUGAACCGUCUGCCCGCUGCCGGUGUCGGUGACAUGGUCAUGGCCACCGUCAAGAAGGGUAAGCCCGAGCUGCGCAAGAAGGUCAUGCCCGCCGUUGUCGUCCGUCAGAGCAAGCCCUGGCGCCGCCCCGACGGUAUCUUCCUGUACUUCGAGGACAAUGCCGGUGUUAUCGUCAACAACAAGGGUGAGAUGAAGGGAUCCGCCAUUACCGGCCCCGUCGGUAAGGAGGCUGCUGAGCUCUGGCCCCGUAUUGCUUCCAACUCCGGUGUCGUCAUGUAA